AUGGCUCACCAAGAUCUUAUUGUUUUUGCAUUUGUUUUGGUCGCUGUUGUUGGGGCAUUUGCUGGAGAUUCAUCGACUUCACCGGGCCCUUCUAAGGGUCCGUCACAUUCCAAGUCCCCUGCAUCCUCGCCCAAGUCUUCCUCCGCCAAGUCCCCAUCAUCUCACUCUACUAGUCCCUCUCCGUCAUCGUCCAAAUCCGGCGGAGAGUCACCCAAGUCAUCUUCUUCGGGAUCCCCGAAGAGUUCUUCAAGCUCAUCGUCUCUCAGCCCUAGCAAAGCUGCAAGUAGCCCCAAGUCGAAGAAAGGAUCCUCUUCUGACUCUGAGUCUCCUGAAGACGAGGUCUCUUCCCCUCCUUCACCACCUGCGGAGGACCAAGUUUCUGACUCCCCUGCUCCUAGCACUAAAAAGAAGGGCCGUAAAUCUGUCAACGAUAGCCCUAAAUCGGAAAGUCCGGCAUCGGAAUCGGCACCGGCACCCACACCAUCUAAUGCUGUUGCUAACAAAGUCACCAUAAUUGUGGGUGCCGCAGCUAUUUCAGGAUUCUUCUUCUUCUAA